GUUAGUUCCAUCGGACCACGAUGAUCGCUAUAGAAUCAGAACAGCCGAUGCCGAAGGAGGAAAGAGUAAAAGUUGAACCGACUAGCUCUCAAAGAACUCUGACACGGUCGAGUGCCGUGAGUCAGAAAUCUGUCGACUUAGUAGUACACCCGGAGAACUCAAACAAUCCUCUGCACAGAUCUAAACUGGCUCCGGUCCGAUCUUCGUCGGAGUCAUCGUCGAGUAAGAAAAUGCUGAACUUGAGGAAGACGAAAAACUCGUCGAUAGAAUCUACCAUGAGUUUACCGAACCAGAAAUCUUUGGAGAAGAAGCAUGGGAGUCUUCGGCAUCAGAAAUCGGUCGGGGCGCAUUCUGACGUGACCUUGAGCACGCAGCCUGCUAUGUCGGAUGACAGGAAGGCUCUCCGCGAGGCUUUGUACCAGGGUAUAUUUCAUAGGCAUAGACGGACAAUUUUCGCAGUGGGCUCUUUCCUUAGGAUGCUUAGAAGCAAAACUUCCAACUACGACUCCAUCAGGUCAGAGUCGGAUGAGAUUUAGCAGUCGUAAGGACGCGAGUGAUUUGUUUUUAAUAAUUCGGUAGUGACACCACAGACUGUGAACGUGCUUUUUAAGAUUUAUAACAAAACAAUGUUAUUAGAUUUAGUAAUUUGUAAUAUGGUUCUUGUUUAAGAUUAAAAUGUUCCAAAAUUUAGUUUGGACUAAAUUUUCAUUGUUAUCGUGAAUCCCGCUUGAUACCCCAUAUUGUAUGUAGUUCAUAAUAAUCACAUCUGUACCAUUGUUAGAAGAAUUAUACGCAGGCUAGCGAAUAUUUUCGAAUAUCAUCUGAUUGUAUCGUCAAUGUAAAAUGAACCUUUACUUCAAAGUUCUUACUUUAAAUUUCGAAUGCAUUCACAUAUGAAUGCUCUUGAUGAACCGUUAGUAAAACAAGAAUCAGUAGUACCGAAUUUGCGACUUCAAUUCAAGGAACUAUUAGUUAAUUUUUCGUUGACGAUAUAGUCUCGCUCGAAAGCGAGUCCGAAUCUUAUAAUAAGAGUACAGAUGUAUUAUCGCAGAAAAUAUAAGACCUCUUAUAUUUUCCAUGGAUGUCAUAUAUGAUGUCAUAUAUAAUUUGUGUACCAUUACAGAAUAAUAUUAUGAUAAACAAGAGUGCCAAAUAACAUACCCUAUCUCAUGAAGGGUAAUAUAAAAACAACAAUAUGAAACGUAAAAGGCUAAGGUAACGUUUAUAGCCCUUUCUAAAAUGGGGUAAUUUUUUUAAAAAUAUAUUUUGACAGAAGAGGCUUUUCACACAUUGUAGUACUUACAACGUCCAAACCAAUUAUGGGUAUAUAGUUAUUAUCAAAGUGAAGCCUAAUUAAUAUGCAUUAUUUUACCUUAGUUGGCAACCUAAAUACCACCUAUAUAAUGUCAUCUGGGUUUACUUGGUUAACUGAAGUUACACAAUAUAUUGGUCUGCGAGUUAUUUGAAAUCAAAGUGCCACGGUUUCUACAGUUAAUUGUACAGAAUAGGCUUCUAAGUGAGAUUGUUUUCGAUCAAUAGAGUAUGGAGCUUAUCUAUUAUUGAUAGGUACAUUGAUUGAUUGAGAUUGCAAUAAAGCGCCUUUUUUUCAUCGAAUAAACCAGCUAAACAAGUGUUGGACCCGAGUAUCAAGAAUUCCUUAGCUUGAUAAAAAACCCGUUUUAUUCAAUGAAAUUAUUGAAUGUCACUAAAAACUAGAACAAAAUAGACUUAAAACAAAAGCGAAACAAAUACUUGAUCGAUUUAUUUUUUCUGAAGGUAUCUGUUUACUGUUAAGGUACUGUUCUGAAAUAUUUCAGACUUUUCGCGCUGCCGAGGGAACGAAGCAUCUUCUCACUUGACCUUUUAGCCCCACUUAAAAAUUAGGCCCAUUUCGGUUCUUUUCAUGUAAUUGAUUUUCCCGAUUUUUUUCUCUCAUUUGUGUCUGCGUGCCAAGUUUCAAGAUUGUUAAUCAUUGGAAAGUAGGUAAGUAAGUAGAUAUUGAUGCCGAUUCUAUCGUCCAAAAAUCUUUCGACAAAACUUUACUGAAUACUAAAACUUUAGCUAUCCUUAUUCACAAAUAACGCGAUAAAGGGUAUAGAUAGCAUACUUAAGUAAAGUUAAAGUAUAAAAAUUAUGCAGUCCUUUUCUACAAUAAACACAAUAGAAAGAAUAGGAGAUUUGUAGACUUAUAAAUUUAGUUAGACCUCCCUGGCGCAAUGGUGGCGCUUUGAAUUUUAUAAGUGUAAGUAAGUAUUUAUAAGUGAGGAGGUCUCAGAUUCGAUCCCGGACGGGGAAAUUUGGAAAUUAGUAAUUUGUGAAUUUUCUUUGUUUUGAUCUGAUGGGAGGCUUCGGCCGUUUCUUAAU